AUGGAUGAUCCAAAUGAUAAUAAUGUUGCCUCGUUGUAUAGGCAAGCAUUUCACCUCUCUGAGCUUGCUGUCAAAGAGGACAAUAAAGGGAAUAAAGAACUGGCGAGAAAUUCUUAUUUGGAAGUGAUAAGAAUUUUCGAGACCAUACUGCGACUGGAAACAGAAAAAAAACAAAAGAACUUGGUCUGGGCGAAAGGCCAAGAAUAUUACAUUCGGGUACAACAAUUGGACGCAGAGCUGAAAACAAAUUUGG